GGAACACAUCAAUCAGAGUCAAGUUUGAUCAACUUGGAAGAUGACAUCCAGCAUUUUGUGGUUUACGUUGCUGUUAUGCAGCUUAAUUUUGGCCCAGGAUACUGGAAAAACAGAAACACCUUGUGAAAUGCAGUUAUGUUAUCCUGUGAGUGAUCUCCUCAAAGCGUUUGGUGCCAUGAAAGAAAAACUUGAUGCUUUGGAAAUGAGGCUGAACAACAAUGAGAACAGAACCAAGGUGAUAUUCAGUGCAGCAACAGGAGGAGGAGAUAAAGCCAUUGGGCCCUUCAACAAAGAAACAACUUUAAUCUACAGAACAGUGAUAACGAACAUUGGAAAUGCCUACAAUCCAUCUACAGGUGUCUUCGUUGCACCUGUAGCAGGUGUUUAUUACUUUUCUAUCUUCUUUCAUGCCGGGGGAGAAUAUGAGGGAAAAAUAUUUUUGUACAAGAACAACGAACUCAAGGUAGGAACCCAUGAUCACCGGUCAGAUGAUGACACAGCUGAUAAUGGAGGAAAUGCUGUGUUUCUGGAGCUGGUGCCAGGAGACCAGGUGUUUGUGGCCUUGCAUGAAAACUCACAUGUUUGGGGAUCCGACAUCCACACAACCUUCAAUGGUUUUCUGGUCACUCAGAUAUGAGAGUUAUCACACUGUAUAUCUGAUGAAAGAGAAGGUUGUUGCUCAUAAAAUAAAGAUUUUAAAAAUGA